AUGUUUUUAUUUAUUUUUAUUUAUUUAUUUCUUAUUAAUACAACAUUAUCUUUAUUAUUAUCAAAUACAUACAUUUUUUCAGCAAAAUCUAAUAGUUAUGUAGCAUUUGAUUCUUGGCAUCCAUGUCUUAAAGGUUAUGUUCGUUUUGAUAUACGAACAAAUACACAAGAUGGUACACUUGCAUAUAUUGAUGAUCGUGGAAAAUUUGAUUUUUUUUAUUUAAAAUUAAUUGAAGGUAAACUUCGACUUUUAUUUAAUUUGGGUAAUGAUCGACAAGCUUUAAAUGUUAAUAUGAAAAUCAAUGAUGAUAAAUGGCAUACAAUAUUAAUUAAACGUAAUGGACAAACAACAAUUCUUAGUAUUGAUAAUGGAUUAGGACAAAAUUCAACAAUAACACAUUCAGAAGAUUUAUAUUUUGGUGGUGCUAUAUAUAAAGAAUAUCAAGCAUCACCAUUUUAUUUUGGAGGUAUUCCAUCGGUGUUAGAACGACCAAGCUCAGGAAAUUUAUCUUCAUUUGAUGUUUAUAUGCAACCUCGUUUUCGUGGGCAAUUGCGCAAUUUAGUCUAUAAAAACUGUACGGAUUCUCGUCUUGUUCAACCUAUUCCAAUUGAUAUACCUGAUGGUGUUUCAUUAGUUCCAAAUCCAUAUUGUUCACCAUCGAUUUGUGGUAUGGGUAUAUGUUUAAUAAAUGAUAAUACAUAUAAAUGUCUUUGUGAUGAAACAUCUUAUCAAGGACCAAAUUGUCAAUAUGAACGACAACCAAAUGAAUUAACAUUUAAUGGUAAACAAUAUUUAAAAUAUGAUUUAAUUAAUAUAAUAUUAAGUUUAAGUGAAAUAAUAACAUUUGAAUUUAAAACAAAUCAUUAUGAUGGUGUUUUAUUUCAAUUAAUUGAUUCAUAUAUAUAUAUUAAAUUAAAACAAGGACAAUUAUUAGUAGAAUAUCGUUUUAAUAAUUCAUGGUAUGAAUCAACAACAAAAAAUCUUUAUUUAAUUGAUAAUCAAUGGCAUUAUGUACAAAUUAAACGUAAAUAUGGACAAAUAACAAUACUUAUUGAUCAAUAUUAUUUAGAUUUUGAAAUUGAUAUUAAAAUUGAUCAAUUAUUUAAUUUUACACAAAUACUUAUUGGUGGUAAUAAUGAUUUAAAUUUAGAAAAAUUUCAUGGUUGUUUAAAAGAUAUUUCAAUUAUAUUUAAUGAAAAUUUAACAAUUGAUUUUAAUCGAUCAUUAAUAAAUAUUUAUGAAUAUGAUUUAAUAAAAAAUUUAAAUUGUAAAUCAUUAAUAAAUCCUAUACAAUUUCUUUUAUCAUCAUCAUCAUCAUAUAUAUCAUUUGAAUUAGAAAAUUUUUCUUAUAAUAUGAAUAUAUCAUUUCGUUUUGAAACAUAUUCAUCAAAUUGUAUUAUUUUAUAUAGUCAAUCAAAUCAAGAUUUUCUUGGUUUUGAUUUAAUUGAUGGAUUUUUUUUUCUAACAUUAAAUAUAAAUAAAAAACAACAACGACAAGAAUUAUUUCAACAACGUUUUAAUGAUGGACAAUCACAUUAUAUUCAAUUAGAAUUACGAACUUAUCAAAUUGGUUUAGAAUUAAAUAUUAUUAUCGAUUAUAGACAAAAUACAAGAGUAUCAAUUCCAAGUUCAUCAUCAACAAUAAAUUUACAUACACUAACAAUUGGUGGUGUUAAUCCAGCAAUACAAUGGUUACCAACUAAUUAUUUUUCUGGUAUAAUGCAUCGUGGUUUAAUUGGCUGUUUUUCUGAUCUUGAAAUUAAUAAUGAAAUAAUUAAUUUAGAAAAAUAUAUUAAUUAUACAAAUAAUAAUAAUAAUAUAGUACCAAAAAGUGGUCCAUGUUCAACAAUAUUAUCAACUAAACGUCAAUGUUUAUGUGAACAUAAUGGUGAAUGUCGAGUAAAUAAAGCUGGUAUAUGGUCAUGUGAUUGUUCAAAAACUGGAUAUACUGGUCGACGAUGUGAACAAAUUGCUUAUCAUUUAGAUUUAAGUCAAAUUCAAACAUUUGAAUUAAAUACAAAUAUACAAUGGAGUGAACAUAUUAGUGAUAUUUCAUUUCGAUUACAGGCUAUUCAUGAUGAAGAAGAUUUUCUAAAAAUUCGUUCAUGUUCAUUAUCAUCAAAAUGUGAUUCAAUUAAUUUUUCUAUUCGUAAUGGUUAUAUACAUAUUUUUUUUUAUUUAUUAAAUAUAACAAUUGAUUAUCCAUUUAUACUUGAUAAUCAAUGGCAUUUUAUAUAUUUACAACGUAUUGAUACAAAAUUUUUAUUACAUAUUGAUAAUCAUAUAAUACAACAACGUUUAAAUAUAAUUAAUUUAAAUAUAUCUUCAUUAUCAACUAUACGGUUAAUAUUUUAUGGUAAUAAACAAAUUCGUAUAGAAGAUUUACGUUUAUAUGAUCAAUCAAUUUAUUCAAAAUUUUUUCUUAAUAAUCAAUAUAGACAAAAUAUUCAAUUAAAAUAUCGAUCAUGGAAACCAUUAAAUACGAUUUCAUUUUAUGAUUAUCAAAAUUCGUCUAUAGAAAUUCAAUUAAAUGAAUUUCUUUGUCAAGAAUGUCAAUUAGAUACUAUCUAUUUUCAAUUUCGUACAAUAGAAUCAAAUGGUCUUCUUUUAUUUGCGAAUAUUCAAACAAAGAAUCCUAAAAGCAGUUCUUUAUCAGACAAUUCAAUCAAUAAAAGCAAUCAAUAUCUAAUAUUAAAACUGAUCAAUGGUCAACUUCAAUUAACAAUUGUCGAAUCAUCACUAACUACAACUAAUGAUGAAAUUUAUCAAAUUCAAACAAAACUUUAUCUUAAUAAUGAUCAUUGGCAUCAUAUAUUUUUUCAUCGUGCUAGUGAUUAUCAUUUAGAAUUAAUAAUUGAUUCAAAUGAAUAUUAUCUUUUAAAAUCAAUAUAUUUUCUUGAUAAAAUUUAUUUUGGUCGUCCAUUAAAUAUUCCUUAUUUAGAUCGUAUUUCAACAAUAAAAGCUUGUUUUGCAUCUUUAACAAUCAAUAGUCAUUCAAUAAAUUUACGUGAAUAUAUUAAAUCAAAUUCGCCAAUUCGAAAUGAUUGUUUUCUUAAUUCUCAAUGUCCAUUAAAACAAUGUCAAAAUACAGGAAUUUGUCGUGAUCGUAUUCAAUGUGAUUGUCAACAUACAAGUUUUCAAGGAAAAUUUUGUACAAAUUUAAAAUUAGGUUAUUCUUUUAAUGAUUAUACACCUGGUUUAAUAUUUGAUCAACCAUUUCUAUAUGAAAAAACUUUUUCAACAUAUCAAAUUUCAUUUGGUAUUGUAACAAAAAUGAAAAAAGCUGAAAUAAUUCAUGUAAAUGAUCAAAUAUCUAUUGAUUUAUAUAAUGGAUUUAUAAGAAUAAAAUUAAUUGAAAAUGAAUUUAUACAAAAUGAUCAAUCAAUUAAUGAUGGUUAUUAUCAUUUAGUAAAAAUUCAAUAUAAUAAUACAGGAUAUUUAUAUUUAAAUGUUGAUAAUAAAUUAUUAAUAAAACAAUUAAAAAAUAAAAUAUUAUUUGAUAAACCAUUAUUAUUAUUAAUUGGUCAAAAUCCAGCAUUUAGAUAUCCGUUUCAGGGACACUUGUAUGGACUUGAAUCUGAUGUCUAUUCUAUAUUUGAUUUGAUUUCACCAACAUUCCAACGUAUUUCAUUCGCACCAAUUCGAAAUAAAUCUCUUUCUUCUUCUCCAUCUUCUUUUUUUUCGUCAAUUAUUUAUCCAUCAUCACAAAUAGAAAAUGAUUUAAUAUACUCAUCAUGUUCAUAUCAACCUUAUGACGAUAUUUGUAUAAUCACAUCAGACACAAAUUCUAGUUCAUUAUCAUAUCCUGAUAUAACAUUUCAAUCAUCUUUAUCAUCAUCUUUUCCUAUACGAAUCUCAUUUGAAUCUACAAGUACAUCAUUAUUUCAAAAUUUCUUAACUUCAACAUUAACAUAUCAACACUUGACUUUUUAUACAUCAAAUACAACAGAUCUUUAUAAUAUUUCAUCAUUUAUUAUCUCAAUAAAUACAUCUAAUGUAAAUCAAUUAACAGAAAAAUUUCAUUGGAAAACUAUUUUAUUCAUUAUUAUACUAAUUCUCAUUGGUAUUAUAUUAUGUAUUAUAUUAUUUAUAUGUGCUUUUAUAAAAUAUCGUCGAAAAGAUGCAGGUGUUUAUGAACUUGAAGAGACACAACGUUUUCGACCGUUAAUUGUUGAAUUAUCUCAAUCACCCGGUGAAAAUAAUCAAGAAAUAUUAAAUUCAACAACAAAUAUUUUAAAGAAAUCUAAUAUCAAAUCACAUAAAAAACGAAAACGUAAAGACUCAUUAUUAUUAAGAUUUGAUGAACAACGGGAAUUUUAUAUUUAA